UCAAACUUGCAAUAUUCCGAUAUUCCAAAAUUUUCAAUAGUCCCAAAGUCUCAGAAUCUGAAAGUUCCAAUAUUCCAAAAUUCUAAAAUCCUAAAUUAUCGAAGCUCCAAAAUCUCAAAAUUGCAAUAUUCCAAUAUUCAAAAAUUCUCAAGAGUCCCAAAGUCUCAGACUCUGAAACCUCCAAUAUCCAAAAAUUCUAAAAUCCCAAAUUACCAAAGUCCCACCAUUCAACAAUUAUAAACCCCCAAAUUGCAACACCAAAAUUUUCAAAAGUCCUAAAACGCCAAGAUCAGAAAAUCUGGAAAGUCACAAAAAGAGUCCCGCGAGGGUCUAAGCGAGGCUAGGGAGAGCCUAGGGGGAACUUAGUUAUAGUUUAACCUUUUCCUCCACUUCCUCCUUAACUAAAGGAAGCCAACGUUGCAGUACAGUGUACAUAAACAAAGAGAAAGACUAACAAGAGAAAGCAAAGGAUAGAGAACGUACGUUUCACUUAGCUAUUUCAUUACCUUCACUCGAUCCUUGGCGGCAGUGCAAACAGAACCAUCGUCUGUGCAACUUGUUCAUUAAAUUUCAUUCAUCUAAUUCUGCAGGAUUUUCGUGGAAUCGGUGAAGCGCGGUAUUUGCGCGCGAAACAUGAUCGAUAGAUUUUAUAAUGGAUACGAGACGUUAAUUAUAAGAUACGCGAAAUCGAGUAACUCUUCAUUGUGAGUGAUUAACACAUAAAUGAAUUUUUCGUAUUAUUAAUUUGAAUAUUUUCUGCCGAGUAUAGUCAAUGAUCCAUAUUUAAUUGGAUAUCUUGCGUUCGAGUGACGUGCAUACAUUUUUUAGAUAGCCACUUACCGCAAGUACACCCGCAAGAUUGAUAUAGGAAGAUCAAAUUUAACCCAAUUUCAUCUUAUACUUCAGGAUGUUAGCAGCAGUGAAAUAUUACAGAACGACAGUACUUUUUGUACUUAUUCAACGAUCAUUCUCAGCAAUGGUUUUGCCGAGGCCGCCUUCCUCACCGAAUCACAUUCAACACUAUGAACGAAGAACGAAUGAUCGAGAUCUAUACGAUGGGAAAUCUGUACAGGACUUCUCACAAAAUCCCAAUAUAGAAAGAACAAAUACCAACGAUUACAGUCUUGUAGAAAUUGAACUUCAAAGCCCGGACGAUAUGGACACUACCAACCUACAAAAUAUAGUACACGCAAUGUUGAAGCAAUCACAGAAAGUGCACAACAAUAGCUAUCCAAAUCCAGAAGUGAUACCACAUUCCAUUUUUGGCGUGAGAGACGUUGGAUUAACUUCAACCUUCAAGCUAAAUUCGUUCAAUGAGGACAGACAUGUCCUAAUAGAGUCACCAAAGAUUCAGAAUUACGAUGAGAAAUUGUAUUAUUUAAAAAACAGUAGACCAAAAGUUUAUGUAAACGUAAGAGGACAUAGUGGCACGUUUAGAAAGAAUUUGGCUCCAAAAAUCACCUCCACUAAUGAUCCCAUAGGAUUCCUCAGAGUGACGCCACCGUUUCAAAGGCAAACGAAUUCAAAAUCUCAAUAUUUUAAGAAGAAUCGUUCACCAAAGAAAUUUGAUAGAAAUCAUGGGCAUCAAAGGAAUCAUUCAUGGUCAGACGCUAAAAGGUUAAAUAGAUUAGCUUCAAUUUACAGCUUAGACGCUCUUGCUACUACUGAAGGUUCUAUGGUGACUUCCAGUGAAUUACCAAAGCAAAUACCUGCACCACCAUCGAAAUUCCAUAGUAGGACACUGAUGGCACAAACAACACCCGUUCAGAAUUAUGCUUUAAGAAGAGAAGAUGUAUUGCCAGGAUACAGCUUCUCUUGAUAAUCGAUAAUGCAUACGAUUGAUGAACAUUGUUUGUCUGGUAAUGCUUGAACUUGAGAUAUUACCAGGGUACUCCUGGUUUUACAGACGCAAAACAUUUAAGGAAUAAACUUCAAUAGUUGAAGGAGCAUCCACUCUGAAGGUGAAUCCACCUAAGAAGUUUUCAAAAAAUGAAUAUGAGGCUCGAAAGAAAUGACAAAGAAUGAAUAAUACGUUCUCAAAGAUUGAAAUUUAACAUUUUAAAAAAACCUUAUUGAAAAUAAACAUACUGUAGAUUUCGCUUAUAAAUAAGGUGAUUGUAAAACGUAAAUAUGAUGUUUAAUAAAUUAUUAUUUAGUAAACUUAUCCUUACUACUUCU